AGAAGCGCACUUUGUCCUUGUGGAAGGGCCGGAAAGGAGCUCUCUUGGGGGAAGGGAGCGAGAGGGCUGGCAGGAAAGGACCGACCGGGGUGAGGCAGUUUCGGUUUGCUCGGAGUUCCCCUUUCUCUCUGAAGGAGAAUUGCCGUCGCGGACAAUGGAUUCCAGUUUGGUUUUCUCUGUAUUGAUCGCUGGGCUGGUGGUUGUAGCAUCUGCCGUCUUAUUCCUUUUUAAAGCAAUGGGAAAUCUGAUGAAGAAAGGUCCAGUUACCUUACAAGAUCCAAACAUCAAGUAUCCCUUGCGUUUGAUAGAGAGAGAGGAGAUCAGCCAUGAUACCAGGAGAUUUCGCUUUGGUCUGCCAUCAUCAGAACAUAUAUUGGGCUUGCCUGUAGGUAAGCAUAGCUGUCAACAUGUUUAUCUCUCUGCCAAAGUUGCUGGUAACCUUGUGAUCCGGGCCUACACUCCAGUUUCUAGUGAUGAAGUGAAAGGCUACGUUGAUUUAAUUAUAAAGGUUUACUACAAAAACGUUCACCCCAAGUUUCCUGAUGGUGGAAAGAUGUCCCAGUAUUUAGACAGCAUGAAGAUUGAUGAUACCAUUGACUUCAGAGGACCUAAUGGGCUUCUGGUAUAUAAGGGGUCAGGCAAUUUUUCUAUCAAGCUGGAUAAGAAGUCUGCAGCAAGAAUGAAAUUUGCAAAACACCUUGGAAUGAUAGCUGGUGGAACAGGGAUUACUCCAAUGCUUCAGCUGAUCCAUCACAUCACAAAGGACCCCAAUGAUAACACAAAGUGUUCCCUCCUUUUUGCUAAUCAGACAGAAGAAGAUAUAUUACUGAGAUCAGAGCUUGAAGAUGUAGCUGCAAAUCAUCCUGACCAGUUUAAACUGUGGUACACUUUGGACAGACCACCUCAAGGAUGGAAAUAUAGUUCUGGAUUUGUUACUGCUGACAUGAUAAAGGAACAUCUCCCUUCCCCUGGAAAUGACACUCUAGUUCUGAUGUGUGGACCUCCAGCUAUGAUUCAGUUUGCCUGUCAGCCUAAUCUUGUAGAACUAGGGCAUGCUAAAGAGAGCACUUUUGCUUACUAAACUUGAAGUUGUACCAUUCUGACUAGUCAAUACCAGAAAUAUAGAUCUUUUGUGCCAAAGUAUGAAAUAUUGUUUGGGUAAAUAACGCUCUGUGGUUUGCCUUUUGCAUGCUACUUUCAUUACAAAAGUUGUUGAUGCUUCACAUACUGAGACUGCAACCUUAUACACACUUAUCUGGGACUAAGUCCCACUGAACUCAGUGGCGCUUGCUUCUGGGUAGGCAUGGCUGGGAUUGCACUGUGAGCUAGUAAUAACUCAGUCAUUUUGGAAACAAGCUCACUCAUCCUGUAUGAUCUCACAUAGAAAUGGUGGCAGGUUUUAUCUUAUCACCAUCACAACCCAAUGCAGAAUUAAGUAUUGAGGGCAAAAAAUGCAUUUUCAAGUUCUGCGGAGCCCUUCAUACCCCCUGUCAGUUGUUGGAGAGGGUGGAAGUAGGAAAGCAUGUAGCUGAGUAUAUCUUCAUUGGUAUGGGGUGAUCAGGGAAAAGGGGGCAUUAAUUUCUCCACACACCCCUACCUGCUUCCGCUCUGCCUUAGGCCAGAGCACAGCCCGACUGAGACACUUUUCUCCGAAGCCUCCUAUUUUAGAAUCAUGUAUGGCACCAUUGUGGCAUGCAGCCUUCUGCUAGACUUGUGGCUGCGCUGAUUCAUGGCCAGUGCAAAGCUCAUGCAUUUGUAUGUAGGAUAAAAACACAAAUGCGACACCGUUUCCCCCCAUAAACUCCAUGUAAACCACUGCAGGUGGAUGUGCACCAUCCAGCCCCUCAACUUUAACCCUGUAAAUGAACAAGGAAUCAUAUUCUGACAGUAUUCUAAUUGCAAACACUUGUGCAGAAUACACUUAAGUUAUCUAGGACAAUAUUGAAGACAAAUUAGGAAAUAAAUACAUAUAUUUGAGCUGUAUUUCUCAUGCACGUCUUAACUUAUUCAGAUUCCAAAUGCUCAUACGAAAGCAGGGAAACAUUUCCUAAUACAAGCUUUGAAUCCCACCAUUGAUUCUUGUGCUCGAAACACUCUGCUCAGAAGUGGUUUACUUUUUAGCUGAACAGCCCACCUGUUCAGACAAUUACUGUGGAAACUUUUGUAUGCAUGCUUGUGUCUCAACACACAUCUUUGUAAUUAAAAAAUGUACAGCAGAGUUUGACAUGCUUUUGAAGAUACAGUGUGUUCUCAGUCCAGAACUAUAUGGCAAUAUAAAUAUGCUCAAAAGCUC